AAUUUUGAUUUAACGGUCAGAACUGAACUGGAGAAUAUAUAGACGUUACCGCCACCUAAUUAGGUUGUGACGGCUUUAAUUUCCUCAUGCUAAUUAACAUAUUUCAUGUCAACGAUACUUGAAGUUUUAGUCAUUUUGUUUUUCAUAUCGUUAGUGAAUUCCAAUCCAAUUGAGCUUGAUCACGGAUUAUCGUUAAUCCACUCUCCCCUCGUUAAAGUUCUUAAAGAGGAACCAGCGGCUUAUCCCAAGUAUCAUUUCGAGUACGGGGUCAAAGAUGGACACACGGGAGACAUAAAAGAGCAAUCGGAGGAGCGUGACGGGGAUGCGGUCAAAGGGGAGUAUUCGCUGGUCGAGCCUGACGGCACGGUGAGAAACGUUAAGUACCAGGAUGACGGUCACAGCGGUUUCAACGCCAUCGUCACCAGGACGGGUCAUGCGGUGCAUCCUCAGACUUCGAAGUUAGCUUUGACUCUAACGGGACACCAUUAUUAAUCUCGUAACGUUUAUAAAAGGAAUGAACAACCUACAAAUGCCAGUGAUAAAAAAGCAAAUACAAAGUCUGGGCAUAUGCAUAAUGCAGAUAAGAAUAUCUCGUUGAUCUGGCAUAUGCAGACACUUUGGUGUUUAAAUGUUUAAAAAUGCGGGUGGAUUUCAUUUGCUUUUUAUUGCUCCACACUUUACAUUUGUAUCAAUAUUUAUAGUACAUUAUUACCUAUAUUGUUUUGUGAAUAAGAGUGAAUGAAAUCUUUAUACACGUACUUGUUUAUAGGUUGCUUUUCUGUAGUUGUGUAAAAAACUAAUUGUAUAUAAAUAAAUAAAUAAAUAACUAGGAAGAAA